AUGACUUUUUUAUUAAGAACAUCAACACCAUCAUUAUGUGUUACACAUCAGUUGAAUGAUACCAAACAAGAAGAAGUUGAUCAUGAUAUAUAUAAAUUAAAAUAUACUGAAGAUAUAAGUCAAAUGACAAGAAAAAAUGAUCACAGAUCUGCAGCAGUUAAUAAACAAGCGCUUGUUUUCGAAGAACAUGAUAACGAUGGACAAAUUCAUCCAGCUGAAACAGAUGACAUCAAUAAAAACUUAAUGAAGAUUCGAACAUUACAAUUAAUUGGUGGUGCAGGUCGUGUAACUGUAGUUCAGUUACAAGUUGCUUGUGCUAAGAUCUGCUAUCAAUGUGACGAUAAGAAUCCAUCUAGCAAAUUAAAAUUCAUCGGUGAAAAGAUUACAAAAUGUAAUGGUGUUGCAUUUGAAAAAUAUGCUACAAAAACUUCAAGAGCUUUUGGUGCUGCCGUUUUAACAUGUUAUACGAAAUUCAACGAAACUGGUGGUGUCGUUAAACGAGGUGCAUUUGGACUUGGUGAAACAUAUGAUAAAAAUUUUAAAUGUCGUGAUCGUUUUCAUGUAUGUUGUCGUACAGCCUUUUGUAACAAACAUGCCAAAGCUCCUUGCCCACCAACACCUAAAGCAACAACAAAGAAAGAAGUAAAAGCAUGUUAUCAAUGUAAAGGAGCUGAAAAUUGUAAACCAGAAAAACUUGAUGGAUCUGAAAUUCGUACAUCAGGUGCUUUUGGUGGCAAGAAUUUAUACUGUUUUACUAAAUUCGAUCCAAAGACAGGUAUUGCUGUUGCCCGCGGUGGUUUCGGUUUUGGUGAAUCAAUCGAUAAGAAUCUUAAAUGCGAUGCCAAACAUUAUUUAUGUUGUUACGACAAUUUAUGCAACAAUCAAACAGCUGGUUUCUGUGCUAAACCAAAAUAG